AUGACCCAUCUCACAACCACCGCGAAACAAGCAUCGCCAUUCAACUGCAUCUUCACAGCAAUGACCUCAUUCCACAGCAAACCCCGUCUUCCUCGAUCACCAUCAACCCCAGGUUGUUCUAGACCCCAAGUCCCCGAACUCCCCCAAAAUCCUACCGAAUCCUACCGCCACCGUCCCCGCGAGAGGACGGCAGACCUUGCCGACUCCUCCGCUCCGCAUCCGCCACUGUCUGUGGCGCUCCCGUCAAGCUCAGAUCAGAUCCUCCAACAGCCGACAGGGCUAGCUACGACGGAUGACAUUGUACGAGGAACUGAGCCUCAAUCUCACUCGCCCACGCCUAUCACCAGCCUCAGCCGAGGACAGUCCCCAAUUCAAUUCAACAAGCCAGAGCACACCAAGACAGAGAUCAAGGCUAGUGGUCCAGGGGGCGCAUGGCCGCACCACCCAGCCGGUGCAACGACCGACAGGCAAUUCGCACACUUGUCCAACCAAGCCCUCCAACCGAACUGCAAAGAGAUGUUUCUGGUAUCAUCUCGCCGUUUCAAGGCAUCAUUUUCAGGAACCAGACCCCGGGCGACAACGGCGACCAAUAAGGAUAGCCGCGAUGUGAGCAACCCAGUAAUCCAAAAUCCAGCACCCCACCAAGCUCAAGAUCGAUUACUUGCGCGCAUCCCCGGCUCUCUGGAUUUAGAAGUCCCUUGCGUCUCGAACAUCAGCAACCCAGCCCAGUCUAGCUUUCACCUUCAAAAGUUCCGCGAAUAUCAGUCCCUGACUAAGGUUGCAACUCGUACUGGGCGGCGUCGAGGAAGUGAGACAGAAGUGCCAUGCUUUCCGCACCGGAACGUGUGUCUCCAAAGGUCAGCAAGUCUACCCACGCACAAAGUGAAGUGCCUGCAUAGAUUGGAGGCAUGGGUUGCCAUGUCACCCUUUCGACGACUCCUUCCGAGACUCGGAUCCCCCAUUUUGGCACACCGAGGCCCGCCCCCCGGCCGGCCGGGCAUAGGACCUCGAAAGCCGCGGACGCCCAUGCAUAUCCGCCUGGCACUUUUUUGUUCCUUCCAUCACUUCGUACCGCCUAGUCGGCUGUUGCCUCUCUUUGGCAAAGUUGCCCACUCUGCUUCUCUCACCGUUUUCGAGUACGGCGUAGUCUUGCUUGAUAAUGGUCCCAUGGCAAGGCGGCCGUCAAACAGCGACCCCUUCCCACCCCCUGUACGUCUUUCUGCUUCGAGGUAUGUCACGAUGAGCCGGAUAUCGCGGUCGCAGGAUCAAAAAGAAGCUCACAGCAGCUGCCUGCCGCUCCGUCCGCAUCCGCAUCCGCGACCCGCGACCCCUCACCCCGGCACCCUAGCAUGGCUGAGGCCAAGCAUCACGCGAGUCCGGACAACCCUCGAAGAAGCUGGCCAAGCAUCGAUUCUGCCCGGUGGGAUCCGGUGCUUUGCGGUUCCCGCCGCAAUUGCACAUCAAUAUAUCGCUUCCCAUCACAGUGAGAAGCUGUCGAUUGGUGCUGCUAGGCCACAAAGGGACCUACCUUCCCUGAGGUACGCUACCUACGGACAAAGUGCCUUGCACAAACAAAGAUUGCAUACGCCGUCCGUACGGAUGCUUGAGGCCGCAUCCUGGCCCGGGCGGUCGGCCGCGGUGCGAACCCCACCCCCUUGGGACACCCCUUGUCCGACAACAAACUGCCUUCCUCCAGGACCUCCCGACGUCGAUAUCUCGAUUUCAACAAAUCCUUCCUGCGAUGCACGGUAUCUUCAUUCCUUCGGCACGUCUUUGGCCAUCAGAGGUCAGAAAAUGCUGAGAAUUCUGCCACACGUCCCCCCUCUACUUUCCGACCAUCGAAUGGGAAUUAAAGAAAAGCAACGCUGUGGAAGAAACUCAAAUGAUACCCAGCAAGGAAACAAACGCAAGCAUCGUGAAAUCAAACCACGAAGUAUCCGUAGUCCCACGAUUUUCAGGGAUCAGUUCCCUUACGCCCAUGCUUUCAAUAACAAAUACGUCGAGUCUGUAUGCCGUACGUACACAAGAGUAGAAUGCAAGGACAAAGCCAAAAUGAGAGCAGGGGUGUGGGGAGGUUCCUUGGAGGUGACCUCAUGUCGAAACCACCCGACCCAGCCCUCGCUCGGCGCUCAGAGCCCUAGCGUCAAGCCCCGUCUAGACUGGCCAGACACUUCACGCCGCGAUACACACACCUGCACGACUCCAAAGCGCUUGCGCUUAUGCAUCCAUAGGUAUAUGCGUGUCUGCGGCACGUGUCGUAUCUCUCCCUCAUCCGCUUGCGCCUUCCCGCGCCUGGUUCCAACCACUCAACUCUCACUCAUGACCCUCCAAACCCACCCGCCCACGCAUACUUACACACGUACAUACACGAACGUGCAUACACAUACACAAGUGCGAGCAUCACAUCACCACACACACAUCAUCCCCCUCCCCCCUCCUCAAGCCUGCGCAUUCUUCACCGCAGGCAAUUUUUGGCAUCUUACUGUACGACACACCACCAAGGGCGGCAGCGGCAAGCGGCAAGCGGCAAACCCCACCACUAAGCACUCACUUCAUCCCUCCCUCAUUGCCCACACACCACCUACACUUACACUCACAAUCACCCAUCUUUCACCCCCCACAAAAAUCCACGCCGGCUCACCUGUCACGCCAAAUGACACUCAAUUGCGGCUAUUCCCCAACAAGCGCGGAACUUCGCUUAUUUCGGCGCCUCACGCCCAUGUCCAUGCCCUUGGCACCCACGCACCCUGGACCAUCUGCCGCGACGGGCGCCGCGCGCGCGCACAAGCUCGCUUGUUGGGCUUAGCUUGUCAACUUGUCCGUCGCCCAUUUCCCCACUCCCCACCAUCCGUUCGUUGCGGUGUUCGUCUGUUUAAUUCAAUUCUCCCCUUCCGUCCAUUUGGACCGGCACAUCACUCCCCAUGCCCGUGUUACCUGACUUUGCCGUUCCCGAAUUCCCAGUCCCUUCCUUUCGGGACCAGACAGACACGACCCAAAGGAAACCCCACCAUCCGCAUCUGCGUACCCAGGUACGGUCAACGGAUAGGUCUGUCCAAACCCACACGCCCUUCUUGGCGCAAGGCUUUCUUUCUAGGUACCCGUCAAAUUCAAGGGUUUCCUCUUCCUCGUACUCUGUGCGGUACAGCUCAACCCAUGGCAGAUCUGACAAACACCAUACUCCGUACCCAUCCAUGCAUACGUCUCUUGUACUCCAUUUCCCCCAUUUGGACAACAGAACACACCACCCCCCUCCACUCCCGCUCAACACUGCUGCACUGCAUCAACCCAUCUCACCGGGAGUCUUUCCCACUCACCAGCCCACCACAACUUCACCACUUCGAGGUACCCACCUACCCGUCCAAGAUAUCCAUGUCAUUUGGUUCCCGUUUUGUUUCCACCUUCUCCCAAACACCCUCCCCACCACCACCACCGCGCGCAUUCCCACGAUACCAUGAAGCCCACGCAAAGGCCUCCCGCGGCACUCCAUUCUCCUCCUUUCUUCGCGUCUCCCAUAUUUCCCAUCCGCAUACGCCCACACACACACGCCCCCCUGCUUUUGCACCACCACCCCCUAUCGCAAGGCUGAGUUCUCGGCCGUCCAAACGAGGCUGGUCGCGGCCCCCAAAACAGAUUUCCUUCUCCCUCGACCAAUGGCGUGUAAGAGGCGGGCUCGACUGA